AUGGACGAGAUAAUAACUGUUGCUCAACGUGUGCAAGGAGCACUCACUUGGCUAGGCGAAAUUGAUCUCCAUCUUCCGCACAUUGCAGUUGUGGGUGCUCAAUCUGUUGGGAAAUCCUCGGUUUUGGAGGCCCUAGUAGGUAGAUCAUUCCUACCAAAGGGCAUCGGCAUUGUUACCCAACGACCCCUAAUACUACAACUAAGACAUGAUGCUAGUGGUAGGGAAUUCGGCGAAUUUGCCCAUUGUAGAGGCAAGAUUUUUGAAAAUUUUUCCAACAUUCGAGAAGAAAUCAAAAAGGAGACAAUUAGGGUUACGGGGAAAUCUAAAAACGUAUCCCCUAUUCCAAUUUAUCUCAAAAUUUCAUCACCUAAAGUUGUAGAUCUUACACUCAUCGAUUUACCUGGCAUAACAAAGGUGCCUAUAGGAGAUCAGUCAAAUGAUAUCGAAACCAAGAUCCGUGAAAUGAUUUUAGAGUAUAUUUCAAAGCCCAAUUGUAUAAUUCUGGCACUUUCUGCAGCGAAUACUGACUUGGCGACAUCAGAUAGUCUUAAAUUGGCCAGAGAGGUAGACCCCGAUGGAAACAGAACUAUUGGCGUUAUCACAAAAUGUGAUACUCUAGAAGAUGGUAAAGCUGCACUAGAUGCUUUACUGGGUCAAGUUUAUAGGCUCGAUAAGGGGUUCGUAGGCGUUGUAUGUAAAGGGGAAGAGUCAGAUGAUUUAUCUUUAUCACUAAUCAAUGAGCAGAAGUUCUUCAGCACUCAUCCUGUGUAUAGUAAUCUUGGAGGUAAGUGUGGUAUUAAAUAUUUGGCUUCACUGCUAAAUAAGAUUUUACUGCAGUACAUAAGAGAUUCACUACCAAUUAUCAAGACCAAAAUCAUUGCUACGAUACAGGAAAAAGAAGCAGAACUUUUCACUCUUGGCGGAUUUACUCAUUUCUCAUCGGAUAAACCAGCUGAAUGCAUACUACAUUAUUUCUCAAAGUUCUCACAUACACUAAAAGAUACAAUACAGGGUAAAAUAUCCCCUAAACAUUUAACCAACCAACUUUUUGGAGGCGCCCGUAUAUACUUCAUCUUCAAUGAUAGCUUUCUUAAGACCAUAAAUAGCUUUGAACCCUUAACGGGUCUUGAUGAUUUGGAAAUUAGAGCAGCAAUAAGAAAUUCAACUGGUCCAUGUCCUGCUUUAUUUGUUCCCGAAAUCGCAUUUGAAAAUCUUGUAAAGAGGCAAAUUAGACUACUAGAACUCCCCUCAUUGCAGUGUGUAGACCAAGUUUACGAUGAAAUGCUGAACUUAGUGGAUUCAUGCUACAUACCAGAACUGACACGCCUGGUAAAUAUGAGGUUGAAGAUAUUGGAUGUCAUAAAAAACUUUCUCCAUUCUUGUGUGGAACCAACAAAGCAUAUGAUUAGGAACUAUCUAGCGGUGGAGUUGUCCUAUAUCAACACAAACCAUCCAGACUUUCUUAGAAACUCUGCAAUACUUGAGGCUUAUAAUGGUGAACGAGUGCCCGUUAAAAAUGAUAAAAAUGAUAAAUUAACAACUCGAGUUGAAUCUAUGAGGCAAAAUUCUUUUAUGGGUUACUCGGACUCCUUUAAGGGGAACUAUAGCCGUGCUAAUGGAUCUAUAUCAUCUGGCUCGACCGAUGACAAAUCUAAACAAGUUGCCCGUAAACUUUGGCUCCCUGACAUCCCAAGAUCUGUAGUCUGCGGGAAUGAUCCAUCCGAGCGUGAUGUUGUAGAAGCAGAAUUGAUUAAAGCUUUAAUAGAAUCAUAUUUUUGCAUUGUGAGAAAGUCGGUGGCUGACUUUGUCCCCAAGUGCAUUAUGCACUUUAUGGUAAAUAAGGCUACGGAAUGUGUCCAACAGGAGCUGAUUACCACGUUGUACAAACCAGAAUUGUUUAAGGAUCUGAUGACCGAAUCACAGGAUAUAAUAAAUGCGAGGAACAAGUGCCAAUCUUUCCUAGAAUCACUCAAGCAGGCACUUUCAGAUAUAAACAAUGUCAUUUGA